AUGGGUCGGAUAGUGUAUAAUGGGAAGAGAAAGAAGGCAUCGGAUGGGGUAAAGAAUGAUAAAGUAGGGUUUAGUAAGUUUAAAGCUAGGGCUAGGGCCACGGCCAUAACCACAAUCAGAGCGAGAGCUGGAGCCGAAACCUAAACUAGAGCUAAAUAUAGAACUAGACCUAGAGCUAGACCUAGAGCUAGAGCUAGAACCUGAGCCAGAACCUGGGAUUGAGCUAGGGCUCAAGCUAGAGCCAGAACCAAAGCCAGAAGCAGAGCUAGAGCCACGUCCUUACCCAGAGUCACAGCCAUAG